GCGACGAAGCCGGCUGGUUGAAACUAGCCGAUCGGCGUACCUAUCGUUAGGUGCGAACACCGUCUGGUAGAAAGAGUCAAACAAGUAUUACUCAUUGCCACCGACAUUCGGAUGCGUAUCUUCACGGUCGGGGAUGACACUUGAACGCGAUGCAUCCUUUCACUGCCGGGGGUAUCCUUAUAUAUAGAAGUAUUCGAUCGAGACUCGCCUCGCAAUGACUUGAAGCUCGUGUCGAACAAUCAAGGACUCGACCGUGCCAAGCAAUCUUAGGAUGAUCGGGAUAAAUCAAACAAUCCGGUUCUCGAUGUUCGCCCUUCUAAUCGCCACGGUCAUUGUUGGUUCAGGAGCGCACGAAGGAAGUGGCGGAAGCAGUAGUCUAGCGCACAGCAGCGCCUCGGCAUCCGCAAACGCAUACGCGAAUGCAGGUGCAAGCGCAUUCUCGUUGAGUAACGCAUUUACUGGAAUCGGAAGCCUACCUGCGGUUGAUGGGAGCCAUGACGGGCACAAAGGAAUUCGCAGUUACGAUAACACUGGCUACAAUGGCAAUAAUCAGCCAAACGGUGGAGUCAAAGGAAAUCAGCGUGGUGGCUGCCCUAAGUGCAAGUGGGAAGAUGACGAUUACUGGGAGAAAGACGAGGAUGAAACUGAACCAGAAGAAAAAGACGAAGACGAUUGCGACGACGGGGACGAUGGACAGUAUAGAGAACACGGUCAUUAUCACGGACAGAAAAAUAAAGGAGGAUCGCCUCCGGGCGUACAGAAAUUAGGAGUGCCUAAUCCCAACGGUCAAGGACCACACACUGCGAGCAGUGGAAGUGGCGCUCCAUUUGGAACAACGCCAGUUAAAGGAGGACGCCCUGAACAUGGGAGCUCGAGCUCAGGUUCACCAUGGAACAAAGCGUUCCCUGUAACCGGUCAGCAACCUGGAUCAGGAUGGAACACAGGUUCUGGAACUACGCCCAAACCCGCCUGGAACCAAGGGUUCGGUGGUUCACCUGGAACAGCUUCGCAUCCUUCUAACAAUUGGAACUCUGGAAGUUUACCGAAUGCGGAUGUAUCGAGUCCUACCAGCGAUGGAAGCUGGAAUAGUGGUCCAAAAACAGGUUCUGGAUGCUCCGGCAAUUAUCAACACGGCACCGGCUGUGCUCAAGGUCCAAGCGGUGUUGGUCCUGUAAAACAAUCUCCACUGCCAUUCUCCGGCAACCCCGCAAAUGUUCAGAAGGAAAGUCCUGUUCAUUCCACGGGUCCAACAGCGGUAUAUAAUCCUCAAGGAUCUCCAGCCGGAUGUUCCAGCAGUCCUUAUGAUGCCAGUUGUGCCGAUAAAUCUGUUGAUCGACCGAGAUCACAAGACAGUCCCUUUGCAUCAUCUUAUGGACCAAAUCCGACACGAGGCCAGUAUCCUGUAAGUGGAUCGCCUCAAAGCAGUCCUUCCGGUUCUCCAUACGGUUCUCCACACGGUUCUCCUGCGGGACAAGGCCAAUAUCCUGGUAGUGGAUCGCCUCAAAGCAGUCCUUCCGGUUCUCCACACGGUUCUCCCGUAGGAAAAGGCCAAUAUCCGGGAAGUGGAUCGCCUCAAAGCAGUCCUUCUGGUUCUCCGCACGGUUCUCCCGCAGGACAAGGGCAAUAUCCGGGAAGUGGAUCGCCUCAAAGCUGUCCUCCCGGUUCUCCAUGCGGUUCUCCCGUAGGAAAAGACCAAUAUCCGGGAAGUGGAUCGCCUCAAAGCAGUCCUUCCGGUUCUCCGCACGGUUCUCCCGUGGGACAAGGGCAAUAUCCGGGAAGUGGAUCGCCUCAAAGCUGUCCUCCCGGUUCUCCAUGCGGUUCUCCCAUAGGAAAAGGCCAAUAUCCGGGAAGUGGAUCGCCUCAAAGCAGUCCUUCCGGUUCUCCGCACGGUUCUCCCGCGGGACAAGGCCAAUAUCCGGGAAGUGGAUCGCCUCAAAGCUGUCCUCCCGGUUCUCCAUGCGGUUCUCCCGUAGGAAAAGGCCAAUAUCCGGGAAGUGGAUCGCCUCAAAGCAGUCCUUCCGGUUCUCCGCACGGUUCUCCCGCGGGACAAGGGCAAUAUCCGGGAAGUGGAUCGCCUCAAAGCUGUCCUCCCGGUUCUCCAUGCGGUUCUCCCAUAGGAAAAGGCCAAUAUCCGGGAAGUGGAUCGCCUCAAAGCAGUCCUUCGGGUUCUCCGCACGGUUCUCCUGCGGGACAAGGACAAUAUCCUGGUAGUGGAUCGCCUCAAAGCAGUCCUUCCGGUCCUCCAUACGGUUCUCCCGUAGGAAAAGGCCAAUAUCCGGGAAGUGGAUCGCCUCAAAGCUGUCCUCCCGGUUCUCCAUGCGGUUCUCCUGCGGGACAAGGACAAUAUCCUGGUAGUGGAUCGCCUCAAAGCAGUGCUUCCGGUUCUCCGCACGGUUCUCCCGCGGGACAAGGGCAAUAUCCUGGUAGUGGGUUGCCGAAAAGUAACACUGGUUCUGGUACGGGGCCAUACGGAGGAUCUCCAUGGAACUCUGGAAAUACAGCCAGACCGGGAAACUUAGGAAAUUCAGUAUAUCCGACAAGCCCUCAAAAUCCUAAUGCAAACGCUGUAGCUUCAAGUACAGCGUACGCGGGAACUGGUGCGCCGACCACUGGAAGCGGUGUCGAUUCUAGCCAUCCUGCAAGAGGUCCAUCGACUUCCAAUCCCGUUUAUUCACACGGCAUUCCUUCUUAUGGGUCUCCAUCUGCACAGACGCCAGGGUCUUCAGGUUCUCCAAAUGGAAACGUUCCUUACGGAACUCAAAAGCCUAAUUACACUGGUGUUAAAGGAAGUUCUUCGGGUACAGCACCUAAACACGGUACUCCCAAAGACGGAGAUAGCAAGAUCUUUUAUGUGAACGUAAAUCCUGUACCAGGAAGCCCUUCAGGGGUUAAACCUCAUGCAUCUACGGGAGCACCUUACAGUGAUACCGGAAAAACACCACCUUCUUACCAACCUGCUCCUUAUGGGGGUAUCGGAAAGCCAAAGCCCUCUUAUCAGCCUGCUCCUUACGGUGGUCCUGGAACGACAGAGCCUUCCUACCGUCCUGCUCCUCAUGAUAAUACUGGAACGGCAAAGCCUUCUUACCAACCCGCUCCUUAUGGUGGUACCGGAACGGCAAAGCCUUCUUACCAACCUGCUCCUUAUGGGGGUACAGGAACAACAAAGCCCUCUUAUCAGCCUGCUCCUCAUGAUAAUACCGGAACGGCAAAGCCUUCUUACCAACCUGCUCCUUAUGGGGGUACCGGAACAACAAAGCCCUCUUAUCAGCCUGCUCCUCAUGAUAAUACCGGAACGGCAAAGCCUUCUUUCCAACCUGCUCCUUAUGGUGGCCCCAGCACAACAACUUCGCAUGAACUUAAUUCUUAUCCAUCGAGAGAAACAGAUAAGGGUUGCACAAAUGGAUCUCAAGGUUGUGGAACUGGGAGCGGAUGCAGCAGUGGAACAAGUCUGAAUGGAUCUCCAGAUUACAAGCCUUGUAGUCCAAACGAUCUUUCAGUAGGCGUUAAUAAGGCUUCUAAACCAUUCGGAGGUUUUGAAGCAAACCCAAAUGAUUUUUCGCAAAGUCCUCAACAAAUCACGCCUGGAACUGGUCCGCAAGGUUGUACAUCUGGAACCAGCGACGGGUGUACAUCUGGACCAAACAAUCCUUCAUACGUUUACAAGACUGAAACAACGAAUAAAAUUCCUGGAGAAGGAGUAGGGUCGUAUCUGUCGAACCCUUUCUUAACUGGAAAGAUUCCUAGUCCUGGUGCUGGUGGUCCUCAGCUAACACCUACUAGUAAGCCAAUCGGUUAUGGAAAUCCUUUCCUGCAAGGAACUGCAGGUGCAGUCGCGGGAGCAGGAGCUUGGAGUCAUGCUGGUCCAGGAGUAGCAGCGAGUCCAGGCAACGAUGGCAAGAACGUUGUUUCGAUCGGAGGACAGGCACCUAAGCCUAUUGGCAAAGAUAAUCCUUUCCUUAGUGGAUUAGGGCACGGAAGGGGAGACAUCGGAAUUGAUGCCACGCCUAAUUCAAUUUCUGGAGGAUCGUUUGCUCCAGGUAGUAACACGGGUAACAGCGGACUGAGUCAAACGAAUGAAAGUCCUUCCUUUGGCGAUAAAACACAACAAGAACAUUCCAAUCAUUACCCUGGCUCGAUUUGGAAUUCAGGUUCAACGAACGACGGAAGCUCUUCAGCCGUGAGAAAUCCAUCCACAACAAACCGUGGCUCGGGAAGCGGAGGAGGUGUUGGAAUCGGUCCGGGAGGAUUUGGAAAUCUUUUCGGUGAUGCACUUUCUGGAGCUUUUAGCAGUGCACAAGCUUCUUCACACGCCAAUUCUGGUUCUGGAGUUGCACCGAAUACGGGUUUCGGACAAGCAAACAGUGGAAGUUGGGCUUCCAGUGGAGCGUCGGCAGGAAGUCAAGCUGGAAGCGGUGCUUUGUCCUCGAGCGGAGCUUCCGCUUAUGCGAGUAGCAGUGCUAGCAGCUGGGCAGGUGCACAACCCACUUUCGUGAAAGGCUAAGCGACGGAAACGAACGAUAUUUCCAGGAGAAGAUAAAUUUCAAUUAUCCGCAAAUUACGUAAACGACUGUUUUACUCUGCAUCGUUUGUACUUCUAUUCGUAACUCGUUUUACCUAUUCAUCUUUUAUAAUACAAAUAAAUCGAUGUACGAACAAAAUUACCGUUCUUUUUACACAUGGAAUUUUCUACACGCGCCUUGAUAAUUCGCCGGUAAUUAAUGUCAAUUCUUCGAAGAGAUUGUAUUCUUAUUAUACGGCGAUUGUUAUCGAGAUUGGUAUUUAAUGGAUAAUGACGUAACUGAGGAAUGAAAUAUGAUGUUAAACAGAUUUAAUGCAUGUGAUAAUGUAUCAAUAAAAAGAAUUAUUUUUGAAGAA